ACUAGUUGCUUCGUGGUUCGGAGAUCCUUCUCCUCAUGUUGAUGAUAGUGAUGUACCCAGCAAGGGGCAAAUGCGACAUAGUGUUUAGUCAGACUGAAUGAAGCAGGAUAAAUCUCGCCCUUGAGUCCUUCCUGUAGAGAGUCAUGACUCGCUGCGGGCGUAAUAGUAGACGCGCUGCAGCAGGUGUCGAAAUCGAUACUCGCCAGCAAAUGCUUCGGACUGAAAAGCAGCCGUCUUCCAAGAAGCGAAGUGCGCAGACAAAUAGAAAGGCCGAAGGCAAGGAGGCAAAGAAAAAUGUCGAGAACAAUGAAGGAACAUCAGAGACGAUUGAGGAAGAAGUGUGAAUAAUGUGCAGUCAACUUUCUGAUCUUGGACUGGGUAGCUUUGGCUACUUUAGAUGUGCGUAUCUAUUCUUCAUCUUAAUGUUUAUGCUUGCAUCAUCUGAAUCUGUUUUAUAUAUCCAAAUAGAAAUGGCACAUAUAAUGGCAUCACUCAAGUUCUUAUCGUGUCACAAUUACAACUACUGUCAGCACCUAUAAUUCUCCAUUAAUUCAUCACAUCUAGUUUCAUUAUAUAUCGAUUUAGAUAUAAUCACCAACAUUCUCGACAAGUACAAUAGAUGUUUGAGUCAAGAUGUUCUAGUUGUCCCGUACUUGCACUCGGGCCUGUUGAGGAAAUGAAGCAUCAAGGCUGCAAGUAUACCUAUGUAUAUUAAAAUCAUUUAAGUAAUUACAGGUUACAUCGUGUAUCGGAUACUUUUGUUCAGACGGGUGAGACCGCGAUGCAUGUAACGGAAAAAGUUGCGGAACCUGAGGUAUAGUCUCACUACUGUGCCAUAUAUCAUCGUAAUUUUUCCCAUAGAUAGUAACAAUGAGCAUAUUUUGAUCAAUUGGCAAACGCAAUGAGACCAUUGGCUUCUAAAAUCUGUUCGCAAACUUUUGCGGGCUCCUUCGACUUCAAACACAGUGGUUGACGACAAAUCGGCGAAGAGUCUUGAUACCCAGCCGAAUGAGGAAACUGUUCAGCACGCUCGCAUAUUAGGUGACGAAAGACGAUGGGUCGGUCCAUUUCUCCCAGACGUGAGAGAGAUGCCACCGCAUGACUCGUCACCACGGCUAUCCUGCCCAGGCUAAUUCUUGAAAGACGAGGACCGAGAGAGAGAGGUGCGAACCCUUCGAGAGUCCCAGCUUCGGUACCCACAAGGGCGGUUUGAGAAUGGAGUCGGUAGCCGUUGUGGCUACAACUCGAUAUCAUAGGCAGGACUUUUGGCACGAAGAGAUGUGGGUGUUGUCGAAAGUGUGAGGAGAGAAAAUGGAGAACCCAUCAAAAUGGAGAAAGCAGUCCGGC